AAAAUGCACAUUUGAUUUUUCUCAAUCAGUGCAAGAUGGUAUCAUAUACUUAAGAAUUCCCAUCCCUUCAACGGUUUCCGUUGCAGAACCAAGGUUUCCAGGUGAAGAGCUAUCAUAAAGUUUUGAAGGGUGGCAUAGAUUUUCCUUGAGAGAAGUAUAUGGAAAGUCAGGAUCACCACUGUAGCAUAAUUUUUCUAUUAUCAAAAUUCUAUCCCAAUUACCUACUUAAAAGCAGAGGUGGUGGUUCAGUGUUCUUGGUUAAGCUACGUGGCACACUGCCAUUGCUAGGUGAACAAAUGGUCUGGCUGGGCUGGCGGGCCAAAUGAACUCUCACAGUUUCACAACCUGUCUCCCCUUAUGCCACCUUUUUUGUCAACCAGAAAGUUUCAAUGGGGGGUUUUUGACGUUUAGUGAGGUGGGGUGGGUGCUGGGAAAUGAGUAGAGGAGAGGACCCACAAGCAAAAGAAUAAAGUGUUAGAACUUAGAAUUCAAUACAAAAUCCACAAGGGGCCACAAGAUUCCAUCUUUUUGGUGGGUUUUUGAGGAAGGGCUAAAGGCAAAUAAGGGCAUGAGGGGGAAUAUCCUAUGGUGUCCAUUAAUUCUUCUUUGGUGACUAUGCAUUCACGGGUAUUGCGUAUCUUAAGUGAUCUGUGAUUCAUCAGAUUCUAAAGCCUCUUUUUUCAGAGAAUAGUUUGGCUACCCAUCAGUGAAUAGCAGUCUGCAUUAUGAAGGAUUUUAAAGGUUCUAGCCAUAGAGGCCAAUAUCAUGGGAACUAUGCAGACGAAAGAAUUUGGGAUGGGGCUUGUAGUUCAGUGGAUGAAUGGACAGUUAUUGAGAAAGAAGAUCUUGAGUGUGCUGUGGCAAUGUCACUUUCAGAACAAGACCAAAAAGGGAAAAACGUGAUUGAUGAUGACUCUCAAUCAGAGGAUGAUGAACAUGUUUCUAAAGUUCAAUUGGUAGAAGAUGAACAACUUGCCAAAGCUCUUCAAGAAAGUUAUCCUUUGGAGGAAGAUGAACAGCUUGCCAAAACUCUUCAAGAAAGUUAUCCUUUGGUGGAAGAUGAACAGCUUGCCAAAGCUCUUCAAGAAAGUUAUCCUUUGGAGGAAGACAUACAACUUGUCAUAGAAAAUUAUCCUUCGGAGGAAGACGAACAAAUUGUCAUAGAAAGUUAUCCUUUCGAGGAAGACGAACAACUUGUCAUAGAAAAUUAUCCACUUGUCAUAGAAAAUUAUCCUUUGGAGGAAGACGAACAACUUGUCAUAGAAAAUUAUCCUUUGGAGGAUGACGAACAACUUGUCAUAGAAAGUUAUCUUUCGGAGGAAGAUGAACAACUUGUCAAUGCUCUUCAUGAAAGUUAUCCUUUGGAGGAAUAUGAACAACUUGCCAAAGCUCUUCAAGAAAGUUAUCCUUUGGAGGAAGAUGAACAACUUAUCAUAGAAAGUUAUCCUUUGGAGGAAGAUGAACAACUUGUCAAAGCUGUUCAUGAAAGUUAUCCUUUGGAGGAAGAUGAACAACUUGCCAAAGCUCUUCAAGAAAGUUAUCCUUUGGCGGAAGAUGAACAAUUUGCCAAGGCUCUUCAAGAAAGUUAUCCUUUGGAGGAAGAUGAACUACUUGCCAAAGCUCUUCACGAAAGUCUCUUGGAGUCUCCUCCCCGAUACGGAAUCUGUGCUGGCUGCAACACUGAGAUUAGCCAUGGGAAAAUUUUGUGCCGCAUGGAUGCUAUUUGGCAUGCAGAAUGUUUUCGUUGUCAUGCUUGCAAUCUACCCAUUAAGGAUCAUGAGUUUUCUACGUCAGGCAAGCACCGUUUUCACAAAUCCUGCCAUAAGAAGCAGCAUUCCCCAAUAUGUGAUGUUUGCAAGAAUUUUAUCCCAAAAAAUUCAGCAGGUCUUAUUGAGUGUAGGAAACGGCCUUUCUGGGAGCAGCAGUUCUGCCCCUCACAUGAACAUGACAGAACUCCUCUGUGUUGCAGCUGUGAAAGAAUGGAGACGAGGGACAGGAAAUAUCUAUUACUUGAUGAUGGUCGGAAGCUUUGUCUAGAGUGUCUAGACUCAGCAGUUAUGGAUACUAAUGAAUGCCAGCCUCUUUAUAUUGAAAUAAAAAAUUUCUUCGAAGGUUUACAUAUGAAAGUGGAGCAGGAAAUUCCAAUGCUCUUGGUUGAGAGACAAGCACUAAAUGUGGCCAUGGAUGGAGAAAAGAAUGGUCACCAUCACAUGCGUGAGACCAGAGGACUUUGUUUGUCAGAGGAACAGACGGUUACCACUAUCUCUAGGAGGCCAAAGAUGGUGGACAACCAAAUUAUAGACUUGAAAACUGAGCCUCGUAGGUUGAUCCGUAGGUGUGAAGUAACAGCAAUUCUUGUUUUGUAUGGCCUUCCUCGGUUGUUGACUGGGUCAAUCCUGGCUCAUGAGAUGAUGCAUGCGUGGCUCAGGCUUAAAGGUUACCCCAAUCUUAGUCCAAAGGUUGAAGAGGGUAUCUGCCAGGUCUUAGCUCAUAUGUGGAUGGAGUCUGAGAUCCUUUCAGCAUCUGGAAGUGAUGUUGCUUCAUCAUCGUCUUCUUCAUCACCCUCUUCUUCCUCGUCAUCAAAAAAGGGUAAACGAUCUGAGUUUGAGAAGAAACUUGGUGAGUUUUUCAAACACCAGAUCGAGACAGAUACAUCAUCAGCUUAUGGAGAUGGAUUUAGGGAAGGAAACGAGGCAGUGCUCAAAUAUGACCUGAAGACUACUCUUAAACAUAUUCAAAUGACAAAAAACUUUCCCGGUUGAUAUGUAAUAUUUUCCCUAUGGGUAAAAUUGAGGUACAGUCCUUAGGUGUUGUAUUUUAGGUUUUUUAAUUAAAUUCAAACACCUUCGUUGAAUUUAAUUGUCAUUAGACAAGAUAGCACUAAUUGUCGUAUGUUUGAAUUUAACUGGGGGCGUAAAGUAUAACGGUUAAGAAACUAUACCUAUGUUUUUCCCAUUCCCCAUGUGCUUCGUUGAGCACUUAUCAUACUUAGUUCAAUAGAACUAAAACCUAUUAUGAAUUCAGGAGACAAAAAUAAACAAUAGAAAUGUUUGUGUGUAAUUGUUGUAA